AUGGGCAUGAAACACUCCUCCCGCUGCCUGCUCCUAAGGAGGAAAAUGGCGGAGAACGCUGCCGAGAACACCGAGGUGAGCAGUGCCCCCCCGCAGCCCCCUCAGCCCGUCGCCCCACCCAAGCCUGUGCAAUGUGUCCAUCAUGUCUCCACGCAACCCAGCUGCCCAGGACGGGGCAAGAUGUCCAAGCUGCUGAACCCAGAGGAGAUGACCUCGAGAGAUUAUUACUUCGACUCCUACGCUCACUUUGGGAUCCACGAGGAAAUGCUGAAGGAUGAGGUGCGGACACUCACCUACCGGAACUCCAUGUAUCACAACAAGCAUGUGUUCAAGGACAAAGUGGUGCUGGACGUUGGGAGUGGUACCGGGAUCCUUUCCAUGUUUGCUGCCAAAGCAGGGGCCAAGAAGGUGUUUGGGAUUGAAUGUUCCAGUAUUUCUGACUACUCAGAGAAGAUCAUUAAGGCCAACCACUUGGACAACAUCAUCACCAUAUUUAAGGGUAAAGUGGAAGAGGUGGAGCUGCCUGUGGAGAAGGUAGACAUCAUCAUCAGCGAGUGGAUGGGCUACUGUCUGUUCUAUGAGUCAAUGCUCAACACGGUGAUCUUUGCCAGGGACAAGUGGCUGAAACCUGGAGGGCUUAUGUUUCCAGACCGGGCAGCAUUGUACGUGGUAGCAAUUGAAGACAGACAGUACAAGGACUUCAAAAUCCACUGGUGGGAGAAUGUCUAUGGCUUUGAUAUGACCUGUAUCCGGGAUGUCGCCAUGAAGGAGCCCCUGGUGGACAUCGUGGAUCCAAAACAAGUGGUGACCAAUGCCUGUUUAAUAAAGGAAGUGGACAUUUACACGGUGAAGACGGAAGAGCUGUCAUUCACAUCUGCCUUCUGCCUGCAGAUACAGCGAAAUGACUACAUCCACGCCCUGGUCACCUAUUUUAAUAUUGAAUUUACCAAGUGCCACAAGAAAAUGGGGUUUUCCACAGCCCCCGAUGCCCCCUACACCCACUGGAAGCAGACUGUCUUCUACUUGGAAGAUUACCUCACUGUCCGGAGGGGGGAAGAAAUCUAUGGGACCAUAUCCAUGAAGCCAAAUGCCAAAAAUGUGCGAGACCUCGAUUUCACGGUAGAUUUGGAUUUUAAGGGACAGCUGUGUGAAACAUCUGUAUCUAAUGACUACAAAAUGCGUUAGCAUACGUGGGAGGCUGCAGACAGCGAGCAAGAAGAGAAACUCUUACCUCGAUCUGCGGCUCUGUAACAAGGAACACCGUUUGCAGGACUACACUCUCGAAAACCAGAGUUU